ACCUGCAGGGCCUUUUUUCCGAUAUAUUUCCCAAUAAAUUAGCUUUUUUUGGGAUAAAGGAGAGCGAAGGCUGAAAGGAGAUGAAGCUGAAGGGAAAGAUACACCCGUCGCCGGCGGCGCAGCUUCCCGCCGCUGGCUCGCCCCAGCAGCAUCAGAGCCACGACGCCCUGGCGGUGCUCAGCCUCCUCCCGGCGGCCAUCCUCGCGCUGACGGCGGUGAUGGGGAAAGAGGACAGGGAGGUGCUCGCUUACCUCCUCACGCGAUCGAUCGAGGGCUGGGCGGAGGACCGGCGCCAUUGCCAGAGGCCGGGCCGAACCCAGCACCGUCCGGUCUUCGGCUGCGGGUGCUUCGACUGCUACACCGGCUUCUGGUCGCGGUGGGAUUGCUCCCCCGACCGCGAGCUCAUCCACCAGGCCAUCGAGGCGUUCGAGGAGCACCUGGCGAGCUCGGAGAGCAAGGGCGGGGCCAGCGCGAGGGUGCGGCGGAGGGGGCGCAAGGCGGCGCAGCGGGCGGAUAAGGGCAAGAAGAUUAAGGAGAAAGAGACGGACAUGGCUCGGAGAAAGCCGGAGGAGGUGGAGAAGGAUGCCGCGCUGACGACGGUGGGAGAAGCGGAGAGCGUCUCCGACGAGGAGGCGCCGGUGUCGGAGACGGCGGAGGAGGAUGAGGGGGCCGAGACCGGGAGCGGCGAGCGGCGGAGGGGGUGGGCGGACGUGAUUGGGGUAUUUAAUUCGCGCUUGUGGAGCCUCUGGAGUCCGGGCGCGUGACGUGUCGCUUGGUACUGGAAAAAAAUAGAGGAAAAAUAAAAAAAAAAUUAGAAGAAAUAUAUUAAAUACUUUUAAUCCGCUCUGUGAAAAUUAUGUUUUCUGCUUGUUUUGUUAGUUUCUAUUUUCCCUGUAAAUUCCGUAAAUUUUUCUCACUAUUUCCGAUA